CUGACUUCGAUGAAUUGUUAUCAGAAACGAAAUUUAGUUCAAUCGAAAAAAUCAAAACCGUUGGUGCAAGCUAUAUGGCCGCGUCCGGGUUAAAUCCUAGCAUUAAGGACGGAGAAGAYGAAUACAGUCACCUUUGUGCUCUUGUCGAUUUCGCAUUAGCUAUGAAACAAUGUUUACAAGAUGUCAAUGUUCACUCGUUUAAUAACUUUCAGCUCAGGGUUGGAAUAAGCUGCGGCGCCCUAGUGGGCGGAGUCAUCGGAGCGCGAAAGCCCGUGUACGACAUUUGGGGAAACACCGUGAACGAAGCUUCCAGGAUGGAUUCAACGGGCACUAUGGGCCGGAUACAAGUACCAGAGAGCACGGCSAAG